AUGCCUGGGACGACGCACGCAGCGCAGCGCUGGACAGAAACUCUGCCAGGCAGGCAUUCUACCAUACCUCGGCGUGCCAGGGGGCACGGUGGAAGGUAUGCGAAAGAGCAGGAAAGCGCAGUUGCUUUGGAAGUGCAGCAUAGCAAUUCGGCAUGCACCCUCGGCUAUUCAUUCGGCAGUUCUGGCGAAAGUCGUAUGUACGUCAGUCAUGGAUGCCGUGGUCAGUUUUAUUGCAACGGCGGUCUUGUAUCUUGCGAGCCCUAUGAAUCCGCAUGCAAUGAAUGCGUUUGCGAGCAGUUGGCUUAUGACGUUAAAGGGUGCCUUGGCAAUUUCAUACCGCAAGCUUUUGAUGACAUUGCUGGGUCUCCUCAUGAGUCUUUUGCAGCCAGCUUCGGCUUGGCUCUGUACGAUCUGAUGGUAGCCAUAUCUGGCAAUGGCAAUGCGAUAGCUAAGAUCCAUGGCCUUGUGAUGCGAGUUGUGCCUGCCGCUUACAGGACAGGCUUCGGGGAGGUUGCUUCCAACGUGACAGCUCGGCUCGCCAGCGACGCAGAUGUACGCGUUAGGAUCAAGGUCUCCGAGUUCGCGCUGCCCGCCACCUACGAGGCAGGCUUCGGCGUGGCCGCGACACGCGUGGCCGCGCAGUUAGCCGAUGACAUACAGAGUAUCGUCAGGGAGAGGCUCGCCAAAUUCGUGCUUCCCACCGCCUGCGAGGCAGGCUUCGGCGAGACCGCGUCCCGCCUGGCCGCACAGCUCGCCGAGGAUACACGCAUGGAGUCUAAGCUCGUGAGGAAGCGGGUGGCCGAAUUCGCAGUGCCCGCCAGCUACAAGGCGGGCUUCUCUUCAACUGCAUCGCACAUCUUGGUGCGGGCGCUGAGUGACCCCGAAACGAAUGAGGCAGCCGCACGAGGCAUGGAGAAGGUGGCUGCGCAGCUGCCAGGUCUGGGCACCGACGGGCUGCAGGUAGCGGCUGCGGCCAGCGGCUCGGCCUCUGGCCUUGCCAGAGACAUCUCGCAGGGACUGAUGCGGAAACUGCUAUCAAACCUCACUGAGCAGGGCGACGCCCCCGUGCAGACUGACGGCAAGAUGCUCUGUUCGCAUGCGGGGGCGCUGCUCCUGGUCAGCCCCGGGACUCCCUGUGGCAUCGGGGCGCACCACUGCCCCAGUGCUCAGGCCUGCCAGGCCACCCGGUGCUUGACGCCGGAGCACGCGGACCGCCCUGCGAGCCCGGCAGUGUGCAGCAAGGGCUACCAAAGGGACACCGCAGGGCGCAGCACCUGUGAGUCUGGCAUGGGGCGCCCUGCGCGAUCCUCUCCAGCGCGAGCCCUGCGCCGGCGAUCGUUGGCGCCGGGUGGUCCCACACGUUGCAUCCCCCGUCUUCGUGCACGUGAUGGCACUGCGCAGCAGCUGUUCCGGCAAGACCAGGGUCGGCAGCGCGGUGAAAAGAAUGAUGGCCUUCGGGGCGACGGCGUCAAUGACAUUGCGAGCGCUCCUCCGCUCCGAGGAGGUCGUGGACGUAUCACGGAGGCCGCAGAGAUGAUCAACCCCGCCGUUUUCUCACUCGAGGUGGCAUCCGGAGGUGGGUCGAACAGUCUCGAUUGCUUGCUGGCGCAAGGCGAAGGUACCGCUGAUCUCUCGAACUUGAGGGCAGCAAUGCUGGCAGUGCCCCUCGCCCUCCUCGCGUUGACAGCGGCUGCAUCACUUGUCAAUGCUGCUUGGUUGCGUUUCGCGUCUGACACUAGGCAAGGGACUACGCCACACCCGCUGUGGGCCUCGACAACCACCUUCCUGAAGAACUUCGUGGUUUGGACAGCUGUCUUCCUUCCCACUCUGCUGAUGGCCUCCCUGCUUAGCUGGCCUUGCGUAAGCACGCAAAUGAAGGAAUCCAGCGAACAGUGGCUGGCGUGGGACUUGCAGAUGAAAUGCGGUGAUCAAACCGGCUACCUCUCCGUCCUCACCGUUUGGGGCUUAGUGGCCGCGGGUCCACUGAUUUGGCUUGGCCUCAUAGCGAUGUCCCAUAUGCUCCCUCCCAGUAUGCUGAGCUUCCUCGUUGGGGGCUAG